UGUAUGUCUCUAAUAACAUCAACACAACUUCCAUCCAUGUAGCCAUUAUCUCAAUUCUCUGCCAUAUUUCAUAGCUUUGCUUCUUCCAUAAUAUAAUUAUCUAUUUCACAUGUCUACUUAUUAGUUCAUGUUUGUUGUUGUUAGUUGUUGGUUUCUUCUUAAUUAGUACACCCUUUUGUCCUCUUGGAUUAACUAACCGGUAAGUUAAGUUUCUAAUCACCAAAUUAAAGGCCCUUAGUUUAAUUAAUUACUAGACAUAUGGAUUUGUGUGUAUUUAUAUAUAUUCAUCAAUUUGUUUAAUUAGAUUUGGAUAUAUUGAACUCGCCUUGUUAUUUGUUUUAGGUUAAUUUAAUUUGUGUUAGUUUUUGUUGAUGCAGAUCAUUGUUAGCCCUAAUAGAGAUUAGAAUUAUAUAAUUAAGCUUAAGUAGGUCUUAUUAUGAGCUAAUCACUUUAAUUAGUCUAUAAUUAAGGACAUGUGAUAUAAAUAAUUGAAAUUCUCAUCACAUUUUGAACAUUUUCUUUAGAGUUAUGAAAUGGAAUCCAACAAUGAACUAGGUAGUGGCAUGUUCUCUGUCAUAGGUUCUAGUUUCUUAGGAUUAGAUCAUAAUAAUAACCCUUCACAACAACAACAACAAAAUCUUCAACAUAGAAACCAACCCACCAAAAUGGUUCAGUUUGGUUCUUCUUCUUCUUCUUCUCAUCACCAACAAAUCAAUUAUGGUAAUAAUAAUAAUUCAUCCAAGAACAAACACCAACAAGGUUCUCUAAGUGAUGAAGAUGAACAAGGAUUGAAUAAUAUAGAUGUUGAUGAGAGUAAUAGUAACAAGAUGAAGAACAUUAGUAGUAUCUCACCAUGGCAGAGAAUGAAAUGGACUGGUACCAUGGUUAGGCUCUUGAUAAUGGCUGUUUACUACAUUGGUGAUGAAGUUGGUGGCGGCGGCGGCAGCGGCAGUGGUGGUGGUUCAUCAGAAACAAGUAGUGAUCCAAAUGGGAAGAAGAAGAUGAUGAUGAACAAGCAAGGAGGGGGGUUGAUUCUUCAGAACAAGAAAGGGAAGUGGAAAUCAGUGUCAAGAGCAAUGAUGGAGAAAGGUUUCUAUGUUUCACCUCAACAAUGUGAGGACAAGUUCAAUGAUCUGAACAAGAGGUACAAGAGGGUCAAUGAUGUUCUUGGAAGAGUAACAGCUUGCAAGGUUGUUGAGAAUCAAAGGUUGUUGGAAACAAUGGAUCACUUGUCACCAAAGGCCAAAGAAGAAGUGAGAAAGUUGCUGAAUUCAAAGCACCUUUUCUUUAGAGAAAUGUGUGCUUAUCAUAAUAGUUUUGGCCAUGGUGGUGGUGAUGCAUCUCAAUCUCAAUUACAACAAGAAAAAGAACAUGAACAAGGAGAGAAAGAAAAGGAAGAAAGAUGCUUUCAUUCUUCUUCUAAGUUGAAAAUAGGGUGUGAAGAAGAGGAUCAUCAUGCUGAUAGUGGCGACGACGACGAUGACGAAGAUUCUGAGGACUAUUUUGAUGAGGAUGAAGAUGAAUUAGGAGAAGGUGGUUCAAAGGGUUUGGAGAAGAAGCAAUGGUUAAGGAGUAAGAUAGUGAAGUUAGAGGAGAAGCAAAUAAGCCAUGAGGGACAAGGGUUUGAGAUUGAGAAACAAAGAAUGAAAUGGAGAAAGUAUAGUAGCAAGAAGGAGAGGGAGAUGGAGAGAGCAAAGUUUGAGAAUGAAAGGAGAAGGUUAGAGAUUGAGAGAAUGAUUUUGAUCAUUCACCAAAAGGAACUUGAAUUGCAACAUCAAUAGCAUUAUUUUGUUCCUUAGUUUGUUAAUUGGUUUUCACAUUUGGGAAGUGUAAUAAACCAGUAUUGAGUUGGUUAUGAAUAUAAAAAGUUAAUGAGCUUCCUUCAAAAGAAAACACGCCCGGUGGGACUCGAACCCACAAUCGCCUGAUUAGAAGUCAGGCGCCUUAUCCAUUAGGCCACGAGCGCUUUAUAUCUUCCUAUUUCGUAAAAAGGUUAUGUCUUUUUUGUUUACAAGUAUGAAACAUUCAAA